AUGUCCAAUAACAACAAUCAGAUUCCUGGGAUUAACCCAGACAAUGGCCCCGCCUUGCCUCGUGGGCCUCCAGGGAGAGAGUUCAAUGCCAUCGAUAUCAUCAACACCAGAGGCUUCGACCACUUGAUGAAGCUUUACGAGGUGGAUAGGCGGUUGACGAUGAGAAACCGGCAGGAUAUAAUUGAUUUCUACACCUCCUUGUCCAAGUCUACGCUUUCGUACGGCUGGGGUGCGUUCUUUGCCCUCGGCUCCAUUCCGUUUGUGUUGCGGUACAGACGUACUGGCUCCACCAGAGGGGCCCGGGCAGGGUUGGGAAUCAUUGGUGGAAUGCUUGGGAUGAUGGCUGGCUCUAAUUAUGGGUUGAGAAGGGGCUACAGCACCGGAUUCCAUGCCUUGGAGCAAGAUUCAAGUAAACAGCCAGUCGUGGAGAUGAUCAAGCUUAUGAGUCCGAUGGAAGCGCCAAUGUGGAUGAGAUACUUCCAGGAAACCGCUAAGGACGAAACCAAAGUGAUGCCAGACCCAAGGGUAGUGGUUCAACAGUUGAAGGAACAGGGCAUUGAGAUCAAGCCUGGUUUCUUGGGCCGCACCAGAGACCCAUUGGGGAUCCAUCCAAGACGACCAGCUUCGGUGUGCAGAGAUCAGUCAUCCACCGCCCAGCCUUCCAUUGCCACGCAAGUGUCAGAAAUGGACAAUGAUCCGUUUGCCGAAGCCGAGCCUGCCAAACCAACGUUGUCUCCUUGGGAGGCUGUGAGGGUCCGGAACGGACUGGCACGUUACGAUAGGGCUGUCCCAGUUUCGGCUCAGCAGCCGUAUGCCGACUCUAGUGAUGCACAAACCUCCUUUGAUCAGUUGAUGGAAAAAGAGAGAGGGUACAGUGAACCAGAUGCUUCCAAGGACGACGGUGACAAGUGGGCAUAG